UCCAGUUGCUGGAUACCUCCUGACCGGCGUGUGGGAGACACAACAGCGUUUAAUCAUAAAAAAAUAAAAUAAAAUAUAAAAUAUAUGAUUUAGAGAAAGAAAGCCCGAUGAAUGACAACUUCAGAAUACCUGUGCUGUAAAUAAAUCCACGUCAUGGCUUUGACAGAAACGGAUCACAAUGGGAAAAGGACCGGACUGAUUAACACUUUAAAAUCUGGAGUCAGAAAAGAGUUUCCAGCGAAGCACGCGGAGUUCAGCACAGAGGGUCUCCCGAAUGCUUUUCUUCACAGUUUGCGGACUUUAUUCGAUAUUCUUGACGAUGGACGACGAGGUUACGUUCACAUAUCGGAGAUUGAGAGUCGGUGGCGCGGCGCAGAGGCUCGGGAUUUACCCGCGGGAGUUGUGGAGAGUUUGAGGCGGGUCACACCUCAUCACGGCUGUCUGAGUUUCGAGCGGUUCGUUGCGGGACUCAGAAACUCGCUGCUCACACAGCACUGCCAACCACAGCCGUUUCAAUGUAAAGUUCGGCCGCUCGGACCGAGUAACGGAAUAAACACGCACCACAGCCGGCAGAUGGGUCGGAACCGACACCUCCAGGGUUCUGGAUGUCCCAACAAACCCGCUGAAUCUUCUCAAACAUCGCUGGGCUGUGGGGGGUUCGAGAGAUCCGGGUGUAUGUAUCGAUCAGAUUCGAUUCGCAUCGAGAAAAAGGCGCAUCAGUCCAGUCAGCUCCGAUCCAUUGAUUCACUCGCUCUCGAAUCUCCUAAUGUCCCAAAAACAUUUGAGAGUGUUGGUCUGCCUCAGUCACAGAGUGAAACUGCAUCAGGGUUCAUGAGGUCACGACGACACGGGAGGAGCCGAGAUGAACAGAGACGCCACACCAUCACAAACGGAGUGGAUUAUGGAAUGUUAAAGCAGAUGAAGGAGCUGGAACAGGAGAAAGAUUCUCUUCUGGCCGGGCUGGAUGUGUUGGAGCAAGCCAGAGAAUGGUACCAGACCCGGAUCCACAAUGUCACUGAGACACAGAGACAAGUUGGCCAAAGUCAUCAAUCAACUGAGUUUUUCGCUGAAUCUUGUCAGAGUCGGAUGGAUCUUCUUCUGCCUAAACUACAGGAAGUGACACGCUGUCUGAAUGAUUUGAUUUCAUUCUCUGAGACGGCGCUGCCAUCUGGGAGCUCACUGUCUGCCAGCAGCUCCUACAGCGCUCCUCCUGCACCUCCUCAGGCCAUCCUCAUACUGAAGGAGCAGAACCGACUCCUCACACAGGAAGUUACAGAGAAAAGUGAGCGCAUCACUCAACUGGAGCAGGAGAAAUCUGCUCUGAUCAAGCAGCUGUUUGAGGCUCGAGCUCGCAACACUCACGACAGCAGCGCGCUCGACUCCACCUUCAUCUGAUGAUGAGCACUCCAGCACCAAACCAAACUCCACAGCCCUCCUCCAUUACACACCUCAACAAACAUCCACCAUACCACGUUUUCAUCUGAGCUCCAUUACAGACGGUGAUGAGGAAUUUUAACACUAGAAUGUCGACAGAGACAACAGCCCAACAGUCCAAACACCUGAUCCAUACAGGAGCUGCAACUAAAUAUGUCUUUAAGCUUAACACAUUUUUUUAUUUUUAUUUCCUGAAUGUAUUCUCAUUUGAUCACACUUAAUAUCAAUCAACUGUGACUGACAACAUUUACAAACACAUGAACAACAAAUGAUUGUAAUUCAUCCCAUUGGAUCACGUCAUGGACAAGCGCAUCUCUACUGCGCUUUUUAAGUAUCAUAACUGAAAGCUUCCGGCACUAUUCCUCCUGUGUAUUCAGUGUGAACAGAACAUUUAUCUGAUCUUCUCCAUGCAUGAUCACCUGAACUUGUUUAAUCUUUUUCAGUAGCAUCUUUAAUUGACAUCUACAUUUGACAAUGUUUUCAAGAAGAUUUAAUUAAUGUUUCUGAUUAUAUUCAACUUAAUUUCUGUGUUGUUGAUUACCACUGAUAAUAACGUCAACUCAUCCCUCAGUUUGUAAAAAGGAAAUGUGUUACAGGAAAAGACAUUUACAAUGGAAGUCUAUGGGACCAGCUUUUCAGAGGGUUUAAAAGAAGUGAAGAUUGUAUGAAUGCUUCAUUAAAAACUCCCUUACAAAAUCGAGAGUUCGUGUCAAAUUUGCCACUGAUAAUUUUCACAUGCAAAUUAACUUUGUGGCAAUUUGUCCAUUGUUGCCAAAUGUUUGCUGCUGGUUCACCACUACAGGUGAUGAGCUGCAAACUUCUGAUAAACAUUUGCUACGAAUCACAACCUCAUUUGCAUGUGAAAAUAAUGAGUGGCAAAUUUGUGGCAAGCUUGUGGCUAGUUUGCCAGAACUCUACAUUUUUAUUCUAUGCUCUUAUUAUUUGAUCUGUAAAGUGUCUAAAUUGAUGUAGGACUUUUUUUUUUUACACAGAUGAACUUCUGGUUGUGUUGCUGAUGUAAUUCCUGUGGCUGGAGUUUGUUCCAUGUAAGCAGCGCUUUUACAAAUAGUCAUGACACCACUUUCUGCUACCCUUACACUGAUACCAAGCAAACGUAACCAGGUUUAUUUUUUUAGCUGGCCAUGACAUUGUUAAAAUAUUAAAUAUAUAUCUCUGCACAGUCAGGGUUGGUAAGUGAUUUUAUAACACUCUCAUGCAAACAUUGGUUCAGAGUUAUGGUUAUAGUAGGAAAAAACAGUGAUAGUUGCAUUUUAAGCAUUUAUUUGUGGUUCUUUAUACAUUGGUGGCCAAAUGUUUGGAAUAAUGUACAGAUUUUGCUGUUUCGGAAGUAAAUUGGUACUUUAAUUCACCAAAGUGGCAUUCAACUGAUCACAAAGUAUAGUCAGGACAUUACUGAUGUUAAAAACAGCACCAUCACUAUUUGAAAAAAGUCAUUUUUGAUCAAAUCUAGACAGCCGCCAUCACUCCAACACCUUAUCCUUGAGUAAUCAUGCUAAAUUGAUCAUUUGGUGCUAGAAAAUCACUUGCCAUUAUAUCAAACACAGUUGAAAGAUAUUUGGUUCAUUAAAUGAAGCUUAACAUUG